AUGCCAAAAUCUUCGAUUAUCGCCACUACCUCGAACAAGCUGCGUUUACGGAUCGGGUGGCAGGUCUGCAGCGAGCUAGCGCCGAUAUGUCGAUCGAGACCAGACCUCAAGAUCAUUGCGCAGGAGCUCAUCCUUCUGGCCCUUGGCCACCGAUCCCCUGCCUCCUACCAGCGCACCGUCCAAGACAGCACAGUCACCGGGGCCGGACUCACACUGGUAACUGAAGAGGUCGAAGGACUCAAGACCAGUGACAGCACCUGGCGAUGCAGGGAAUUCGCGUACUACAAGUGGUUGCAAGAGCUGAGGGUCGCCGGUUGCGAAUACGUUGAUCUUGCGCAGGUCAAGCGCACACGUACAGUGUUCGCUCAAUUCCAGGGGCCAAAGACCAGGGCACAUGUCUUGGAGUGGGCUAAGUUCUUCAAGCCAUUCGCAGGCCUACUGGCCAAGCGCGCCCUCGGCGACCACACUGGCAAGGCAGAACACGGCAUCAUCUCGAGAGACGCCAGAGGCUUUCAGCCCAUCAACGAAUGGCACAACUACAAUUCGUUUUGGAGAAGCGUGGGAGACUCGGCGAGGUUCAACACCACACACGUCCAGCUGGAUCGUGGAUGGUUGCCGCGCGCCAACAUCCAGCUGGAGCACGGAUUCGAAGGGGUGGCAUCGGAGAAUGCAGUUUGGUCUAUAUGGCCUAGAUGGAUAGAAGGUGCUCUUGUCCUGUGUGCCUCCGUACAUCUCCCGGCACAUUCGUUUGUCGGAAUUCUGCCUGGCAGACCUGGCUUCAUCGCAGAGGAAGUCCCUGCCGGCGUCGUCGAAGGCCCUGAGCCUGGCCUCUACAUGGAGCUUGGUAGCAGAGUCGGUCUGCUCAGUACGAUUUCACGCACCAAGACAUAUGCCGAAGGCAAUGUGAUUGUCACAUGGGAGCCAUACGCCGAUGAGAUGUCGUCAGGACACACUUGCUUCCACCUUGUGCUUUUCACGUAUCGCGCCAUCGAGCUCUGCCUUCCAUCAUCACCCACCUCCGGCCCUGGGCCAAAGCCUUCUACGGCCAUACCAGAGAUCGAAGUAGUCAAUCUGGACGACGAGUCUGAUGAUUCGGAGGGCCAGGUGGCUCCGCCUCAUGCUGGGAUCGAGGUUAUCACCUUGGCCGACGACUCAGACGAAGUGGGCACUCUCGAUGGCAACUCGCAAAAUUCGCAGAGCCCACCUCGUAGGCAACAACCUGUCCCCGCCCAGCGAGCCAUCUUCGGAGAAGAAAGUCCAAGCCGAAGCCCUUCACCCCACCGCGUUGCUCUAGCAGUUAGCAGAACAGGUUCCGCAAUGAGUGGCAUUCUACACAAUGGGAGCAGGAGUAGUUCUGUCGUUAGCGGUAGCAGAAGGGGCUCAGUCAUGAGCGACGUCGACUACCACGGCAUAUUCCCAGGUUCCAGCUUGUUCUACACCGGAACCACCCCUUCGCCUACAAAGGAUGAGCAUCAACACGUUGAGUUGGUCGACGAGGAUGUUCUGGGUCCUGAUGACCCCAUCCCUACGCCUCCCCGUGUGCUAAAUUCUGUCAUUUCUAGCCAUCUCCCACAGCCAUGCCCGGAGUUAUUUGGACUGUAG